AUGGAGUCUCGCCGGAAACGUCAGUACGAGUCGGCUGUGGCAUUUGACGCUGAAGAGCGAGGAGAAAUUAUAGCCAAGGACAUUCCUCUUCCUCGACAAGCAACUCGACGUGACGAUGGCGAAAUUGUGCGUGACCGCUAUGGUGCCAAGGACUUUACACACCUCAAAAUGCAUGAAGAUCAUGAACGGAGGCCUAUGUGGAUCGGCGAAGACUGUAUGAUAUAUUUGGAGAGUUUCAGCCCCAAUUACAAGGCGGCUCACGAUUUCCUGGUGACAGUCGCGGAAGUAUGUUGUUUAUCCCUUAUUUGUUUUGCAUAUUUAGGAUUGUGUAUAAAUUGGUGAAAUUUCCGAUGUUCGGUGGAGUUUUUGACGAUUUAUGUUAUUUUAGUUAGUGCUGUCCAAAAUUUAUUUUUUUGUGUUAAAGAAUACUAUCAGCUGCAAUAUCUAGUUGUAGGUAGGUUGUAAAUUAAAUAAGGCAGGUGAACAGAAGCGAUUUGAGCUGUCUUGUUUGGGGUUUCAGCGAUUUCUGAGUUUUUUAUAUUGCACAUGGUGAAGGUGAAAGUUUUCUCGAUUUCAAGGUGAUUCUAUUGGUGAAUACGAAAGUCUUGGUGUUUUUAGGAAGGAGACUGCGCCCGUACCGAAUUUUAGAAAAAAGUUUUUAGAAUAAAUUUUGCUUUUUUACCCGAUAUUAUCUAUCAAAAAAUUGCAGCCAGUUUGUCGUCCGGAAUUUAUCCAUGAGUAUCGACUGACCGCUUAUUCGCUUUAUGCCGCUGUCUCCAUCGGACUGCAGACCUCGGAUCUCAUCGGAAUGCUCGAUCGACUCUGUAAGCACGAGGUUCCGGAGACGAUUAAAAAAUUCGUCGAAGUUUGUACCUUGAGUUACGGAAAAGUGAAGUUGGUCCUCAAAAAGAAUCGUUAUUUUAUCGAGUCUCCGCAUUCGGAUGUGGUGCAAAAACUCUUGAAAGACCCGGUUAUUCAAACUUGUAUUCUGGAAGAGGAAGCUGAUCCAAAAACGACCGAAAUCGAGACAAAACCUGGUCAGAAGGAGAAGAAGGCGGAGACCAAUGGCGAGAAAAAUGUGAGGGUUUCAAUUUUUAUUUUGUAAUUUAGGGAAUUUGGAAAAAAUUUCAUGUUUUUUACCGAUAUUAUCCUUCAGGGAGAUGAAUCAGACGAAGAAAAUGAAGCUGACAAGUAUUACGAUAAGAUUAUGAACGAAGAAGAGGAUGAAAACGCCGAAGCCAUCAAGAAUCUUCAAAUCCUGACCUUUGAAAUCAAGCCAUCAUCAAUUGAAACGGUGCAGAAACGAUGUAUUGAGAUGGAGUACCCACUUCUGGCCGAAUACGACUUCAGAAAUGACAGUCAUAACCCCAAUUUGGCCAUUGAUUUAAAACCUGCGACAAAGUUGAGGUAGGACGGAGAUUUUUAGGAAGUUUUGGGGCAUUUGAAGUCAUUUGAGCACCAGAUUUAUAUUGUUUUACCCGAAAUUUGGUAUUUUCAGGCCUUAUCAAGAAUUAUCCCUGCGAAAAAUGUUCAGCAACAGUCGAGCCCGCUCAGGAGUAAUUGUCCUACCUUGUGGCGCCGGAAAGACCUUGGUCGGAGUAACGGCAGCCACCACGGUCAACAAAAGAUGUCUUUGUUUGGCGACAAGUAAUGUCUCAGUGGAACAAUGGAGAUCUCAGUUCAAAUUAUGGUCAACGAUAAAGGACGGACAGCUCAUUCGAUUCACCAGGGAGUCUAGGGAUAAAGUGCCAACAGGAGAGGACGCCAAAAAACCGGUGGUUUGCAUAUCAACGUACUCCAUGGUGGCAUAUACGGGAAAACGGACGUAUCUCGCGGAAGAGGCAAUGCAAUUCAUUGAGAGUCAGGAAUGGGGAUUAUUACUGCUCGACGGUAAGUUACGAAAUUUUUUUUGGUGAAGUUUUAGGAUUUUUCAUAAUUUUUUGAUCAUCUGAUGUCAUGGAUAAUAUAAUUUUUGUUGAUUUUUUCGAGUUUUUGAUUUGGAUUGGCAUUGUGGAGGCUAGAAGUAGCAUAAUUGAGGGAUAAAUUUGAAUAUUUUGGGAGUAAAACGGGUGAAAUUGGCAGACUUUAAGAAUUGCCAUUGGUAAUAUAUUUUUUCUUGCCGGGCUGUAAAUUUUUAAUGGAAUUGCAAUCCAUCAAGCUUAAGAAUGAAAGUUGUGAUAUAGAUUUUUAUUUUUAAAGGCAAAAUUUACACAUACUAUGGGGUUUUCAUAAUUUGGAUAACAUAAUUUUUGCUUAAACAAGCUUUUUUUUCGUUUCAGAAGUCCACACAAUCCCCGCUAAAAUGUUCCGAAGAGUCCUUACUAUCGUCCGUUCUCACUGUAAACUCGGAUUAACAGCCACUCUCCUCCGAGAAGACGAUAAAAUCACCGAUCUCAAUUUCCUCAUCGGCCCAAAAAUCUACGAAGCGAAUUGGAUGGAACUUCAACGAAACGGAUUCAUCGCCAAAGUACAGUGCGCUGAGGUCUGGUGCCCAAUGACCGCUAAUUUCUACGAGUACUAUUUGAGCUCAGCCAUCAAUCGGAGGCUACUCUUGGCUGUGAUGAAUCCCAACAAGUUUAGAGUCUGCGAGUAUUUGAUUCGAUACCAUGAAAGGAGAAAUGAUAAGGUAGGAUUUGAAGAGGGAGUUGCAGGGAUUGUCUUGAAUUUUUUUAAGGCUAUUUUGGGAUUUUCUCGAAAAGUUUGUGAAGUUUGGAAAAAAAAUAUUUUUGUUUGAGUUGGGGGAUAAAACUAGUCGAAUUUUUAUGACGGAUACCAUAUUUUACCUUGAAAAUGAUCUGGAAAGCAUUUCCAAUUUUUUCCGAAAAUUAUUUUUUAACAUCGUCAAAUUUUUCCUAGGACAAUGUCGAAAAUUUGAAUUAAAAUAAAAAAGGAAAUGCUUUCUUUGCAUGUAACUUUGGCUUUAAAAUACGCCUGGCUUAUGAUUGAAUAAUGAAGUUCAGCGGAAAUUUUUUGUAUAGUACGGUGGCGGACCUGAUCCAGUGGCAAAAAACGUACCACUUUGCUUCCGGGAAUUAUCAAAAAUGUAGCAAAAUGCCUCCCUCUCCAAGUGAAAAAAAGCUCCGGUUUCAAAAGCGCCCUUCAAAACGGAGUUUUCUAAUUGAAGAUGGAGGCAUUUUGCUACAUUUUUUUGAUACUUCCCGGAUGCAAAAUGGCUCGUUUUUUGCCACUGGAGCAGGUCCGCCACGGUACAAUACAAAGAAUUUACGAUGAACUUCAUUAUUCAAUAAUAAGCCGGGCGUAUUUUACAACCAAGCUUACAUGCAAAGAAAGGAUAUCCUUUUUGUUUUCAUUCAAAUUUUCGACAUUGCACUAGGCAAAAUUUGAUGAUCUUAAGAAAUAAUUUUCGGAAAAAAUUGGACAUGCUUUCCAGAUAAUUUUCAAGGUAAAAUACGGCGUCUGUCAUAGAAAUCCUACUAGUUUUAUCCUCCAACAGACCUAAAAAUAUCUUUUUUUGCCAAAACUUCCCAAACCUUUCCAGAAAAAUCCGAACACAAUCAUAAAAAAAAAUCGCAACUCGAUCAGGUCCGUAGUAGGGUAGUUUUAGUAUAGUAGGGUUUUGGGUUUUGCCGAAUUUCGUUAAAAAAUUUUUUGAUACUUGAUAAUAUGUUUCUAUGGUUUACACCUCCUAUAGUUGUGGUAUUUUAGAUCAUCGUCUUCUCCGACAAUGUGUUUGCCCUCAAAAAAUACGCUUUCACUCUUGGCCGCCCCUUCUUAUUCGGAGAUACCUCGCAAAAUGAGCGAAUGAAAAUCCUGCAAAACUUCCAAUACAACCCGAAAGUGUCGACCAUGUUCGUUUCCAAAGUCGCCGACACUUCCUUUGAUCUCCCCGAAGCAAAUGUUCUCAUCCAAAUUUCGGCUCAUGGAGGCUCGAGAAGACAAGAAGCCCAACGUCUUGGGCGUAUUUUAAGAGCUAAGAAACAUUCGACAGAAGAAUUCAACGCUUUCUUUUAUUCGCUGGUAUCACAGGUAAGAAUUUGGAAAGAAAAAUAAUUUUUUUCGUUUUUAUCAAGUGUAAUAUUAAUUUUUGCCUAAAAUAAUGUAAUUUUUGCUUAGGAUACGGUGGAAAUGGCCUAUUCGAGGAAGAGACAGCGCUUCUUGGUCGAUCAGGGCUACGCCUACAAGGUGGUGAACAAAAUCCCGGCCAUGGAGAAGGAAACAAAUUUGGGAAUGAGCACUCCGGCGGAUCAAGCCCAGCUCUUGCAGCAAGUGAUCGCCGCCUCGGACCUGGACAUGGAAGAAGAAGAGGUGAAGGAUGGAGAAGAAGGUCCGAGGGAUGCGAAGGUAAGAGAUUUGGAGGAAAUUGAGGGUUUGGAAGGUUGGACUGGGCGCAGGUCGCGGUUUUUAAGUUUCAGAGGAGGGCGAAUUUAACCGCGAAAUUUACGAAUCCGAUAAAAAGAAUAAAUCAGAGGCUCAAUUGAAAUCGAAUUUUCAAUUUAAACGCCUAAGGCAGUUACAUUUUUUCAAUUUUUAGAUUGCUCGAAGGGAGGGAAAUGCCGCUGGUUUCUCGGGCGGUGCCGCCAUGUCCUACACUCAAAGAGGACGCCCAAGAGAACGACAUCCACUCUUCAAACAAUUCAGAUCAUAA